AUACUUCUUUUAGAGCAUCAAGCUCUUCUCGUAGCCCAGGGAAAAGUGGCCUCCCCAUCAGGCCUGUAGAUGGGAGGGGCGGCAGGGCAUCACCUACUCCUACCUGGCCUUUUGCCGUAGAGUGAGCUUCUCUGGACUCUGUAUGGGCCCCAGCCCCACCUGGGACAGAGCCAGGCAUACCUACCCCACCUUUGGGUCCUUCCCACCUGCCAUUUUAGAAUCCAAUUGUCUAGGCAGGUGCCUGGCCCAGAGCACCCCAGCUCAGGGGUCAUUCUGGGAGCCCCUGUGCCGGCCCCUCUGCCAUUGUGUCCCACUGGAUGCAACAGUGCCCCGGGGGGAGAAACAUUAGGAGCCGUUUCCACGCUGGGGUUCAGAGAAGUCGAUGCACCUCCCUGCCUUCCCCCACUGCAGGUGCUAGGUCCAGUCUCCCCGCCCCAUCUCAGCCUCAGUCUCCUGAUCUGUGAGACCUCUUGGACGGGAUCAUCUCCAAACCCUUCUGAGAGGACUAUUCUAGGAUUCCAAAGCACAGGUAUGUCCAGAGCCUCCUGGACAUAAUGGAGUUCCUGGACAAGGACCCCGAGGACCAUCGCACCCUGAGCCAGUUCACUGAUGCCCUGGUCACCAUCCGGAACCGGCACAACGACGUGGUGCCCACCAUGGCACAAGGCGUGCUUGAGUACAAGGACACCUAUGGUGAUGACCCUGUCUCCAACCAGAACAUCCAGUACUUCCUGGACCGCUUCUACCUCAGCCGCAUCUCCAUCCGCAUGCUCAUCAACCAGCACACCCUCAUCUUUGACGGCAGUACCAACCCAGCCCAUCCCAAACACAUUGGCAGCAUUGACCCCAACUGCAACGUCUCUGAGGUGGUCAAAGAUGCCUACGACAUGGCUAAGCUCCUGUGUGACAAGUAUUACAUGGCCUCGCCUGACCUGGAGAUCCAGGAGAUCAAUGCAGCCAACUCCAAACAGCCGAUUCACAUGGUCUACGUCCCCUCCCACCUCUACCACAUGCUCUUUGAGCUCUUCAAGAAUGCCAUGCGGGCGACUGUGGAAAGCCAUGAGUCCAGCCUCAUUCUCCCACCCAUCAAGGUCAUGGUGGCCUUGGGCGAGGAAGAUCUGUCCAUCAAGAUGAGUGACCGAGGUGGGGGUGUUCCCUUGAGGAAGAUUGAGCGACUCUUCAGCUACAUGUACUCCACAGCACCCACCCCCCAGCCUGGCACCGGGGGGACGCCGUUGGCUGGUUUUGGUUACGGGCUCCCCAUUUCCCGCCUCUACGCCAAGUACUUCCAGGGAGACCUGCAGCUCUUCUCCAUGGAAGGCUUUGGGACCGAUGCUGUCAUCUAUCUCAAGGCCCUGUCCACGGACUCGGUGGAGCGCCUGCCUGUCUACAACAAGUCAGCCUGGCGCCACUACCAGACCAUCCAGGAGGCCGGCGACUGGUGUGUGCCCAGCACGGAGCCCAAGAACACGUCCACGUACCGCAUCAGCUAAGGGCCGCCACUCAUCUGCACCUGAGAGGACGGACUGCGGCCUCUGGGCCCCGCCACCGCCGUGCCCCUCACCAUCCUCCUGGGGGAGCAGGGGGUGAUUCUCCCUGAUGACCAGGCUCUGUCUCUAUGGAAGUCACUGCGGUGAUAGGUCUGUGAUGGUCCCUAAGUGCCAGUCCAUCUCCGUGGAGACCCCUGGGUGGCCUCCCCAUCUCUGUGGGCGAUGCCUGAGGGUUGGGGAUGUCUCCACCCUGAUGGGGUGUCCCAGAGACAUUUUCCCAUGGCAGUCCUCCUCUCUGAGACCAGGGCUGUCACUUUUCUGCCAGGGGUACUGGGUCCCCCUCAGCACCCUCCACAGCCCAGGCCUUCCAAGUGGAUGCUCCGCUUGCCUUACUCCCCCAGCCCACGGAGGCACCCUGGCCUUGGCCUGUUGAAGAGGCUGGGUGCCCUCCAGACCUGGGGACUGAGUGAAGAAAGGGGUUACACCCGUGAGUGGGGAAUGAGGCUGGUCCUGCAGCCUCUCUCUCCACUCGGGACUUAAAGGUCGGUGGCAGAGGGGGUGGCUCUCACAGGGCCCAACCCUAAAGUGGAGGAACCUUGUUAGACCCAGAGCUUGCCACCCAGCCAAGCUGCUUGAGGCCCUGCAGCAGCCUUGGCAAUGUCUGUGCCACCUCCCAACCCUCCCAGCAUGUCCUCACGUGCUCAUGCCCAUCCACCCCUCCACAAGCCCUGUCCAUCCUGCCUGAGUUCCAGCCCCCAGCCCCCACUGUGCCCAGACACGUGUGCUCAGGGUGGCUUUCUCCCUAGGACCCUCUGUGUAUAUAGUUAGUUUUAUAACCCUGAAUGCCCCCACCCUUCCCCUAAGCACACGGGGGUUAAAGCUGUGUGUCCCUCCCAGUGGCUGUGGCAGUGACAGUGACACCCACACUCACAGUAAAGAGGAGACUGAAUGAGA